ACAGAAUUGUUAGCAAAGCAGCAUCAAUUUUACAUACUUUGAAACUGUUCUUCUGAAAACUCCAAGGAAUUCUGCAACAGGAAGGACCCAAGUAAAAAACUGUAUGCUGAGAUGAGUCGGAAUAAAGAGAGAGGCUAUUGUGAAGGAAAAUAAGCAACCCUCAGAAGCUCUUGACUCCCCAACCUCUUCUAACAGCAAGCUGGAUGAAAUGGCGGAUGGCACACAGCAUCCAUCUUUGCAGAAUUAUUCAAUGCUGCAUGGCUUGGUGGGGCCAGCCUGCAUCUUCUUGCGCCAGAGCAUCGCCAUCUCAUUGAUCGACCGAAAGCUGCGAACAGAAGAAAUUGAAGAGCUCAAGGAGGCUUUUCGGGAGUUUGACAAAGAUCGUGAUGGCUACAUCAGUUAUAAGGACUUGGGAGAAUGUAUGCGAACUAUGGGCUACAUGCCUACUGAAAUGGAACUCAUAGAAUUAUCUCAACAAAUUACUGGAGGAAAAGUGGAUUUUGAUGACUUUGUGGAACUGAUGGGACCUAAGCUGUUGGCGGAGACAGCAGACAUGAUUGGGGUUAAAGAGCUGCGGGAUGCUUUCAGAGAGUUUGAUACAAAUGGCGAUGGCCAGAUCAGCACAGCUGAACUACGGGAAGCAAUGCAUAAGCUCCUAGGGCAACAGUUGAACUACCAAGAGAUGGAGGAGAUUCUCCAGGAUGUUGAUUUGAAUGGGGAUGGUCUUGUGGACUUUGAAGAGUUUGUACGGAUGAUGUCUCGUUGAGAAAAACAAGCAGCAAAGUAAGAAUGAAGUGCCUUGAGAAGGACAACUGCCAUAUAUUCCAGCUUCAAUCAGUCCAGCCAUUAGGCAGCAAAGAAUUUCCCACAUAUCUUGUGUUUUCUGCCUGGAACCAAGCAGCUAUUCCUAAAAUCCAGAGAGUUCAGCCAGCUUCAGCACUUUUAAAGAUGUUGUGGACAUUAACCAGAGGAAUACCAGAUUGCUGUAUUAAACGUGGCCAUGAACAUUAACUCCAACUUCCCAUAGAUUUCAGAUGCCAUGUAAUGCUGAACUUCCACUUUGUUCAUUCCAAGCAGGCUUAACUAACAAAUUAUUCUGUGUAUAUUUGUGAAAAUAUUCCAAAUACCUCUAUUCUACUAUAAGAAGGCCUGUUUCCCUUUAUUUGUUCCUCCUCUAACAGCUGUUUUCUGUUUCAAAAUAUAUUUUGCUUUCCACCGUGGCAUAAAUAAUAUUUCCUUAUUUCUGAUAUGCCAUAUAAAGUCAUAAACUCUUAGAAAUGAAGGCAAAUAUACAUGUUCCAGGAUAACAAUGUGAAAUCGAAUUCGGGUUGGUCACCAGAACCAGAGAUUUACUGAAGUAAAGAGUAAAUCUCUGGUCCCGUUGACUGACCCAAAUUCGAUUUUGUGCCAUAAACUCUGCUUCCUAAGCAGGAUAGAAAUGCAAAGGGGUUGACUUAUGGCCCCAAGGACCUAGACAGGCAGCUGGUUAUUCUUAAAUCAGUUUUAAUGUCUGAAGAAAACUGAUGAUACAAAAAUAUUGAUUAAGUCCACAGGAAAUAGCAUCUGUGAUCCAGAGAUGUAUCUGUUUUGAUGGAGCUGGAAUGCUAAAGGAUAUAACUACAAUACUGCUUCUUUUUGUCUAAUUCCAGGACAUAUGUCUUCCAUGCACUCCAUGAAAACAUAUGCUUUGUAGAUCACCCUCUUACCAUGCCAGAGUACAUGACAUAAAACAAUGGAUAAGUCACAGGAGGACCAAUUCUGAUUGAAUGUUAGAAAAAAUAUGCUAACUGUAAGGACAGAUUAGUAGUGGAACCAAUAACCAGAGGAAGGUAGACUCCCUUUCAUUGAUUGUGCUCCAGCAAAGACAAUGACUUGUAUGAGAUGCUUUAACUUGGAUUCCUGCAUGGAGGAAACUCAAUGACUAAAUGUUCCCUUUCAGGCCUAUGAUAAAAAUAUAUUAAUCUAUUUUAUGAGUACUUUUGUAUUUGUAUUGGUAAUUUACUGGAUUACUGCAAUGCUCUCUACAUGGGGCUCCCCUUGAAGAGCACCCGGAGGCUCCAGUUGGUCCAGAAUGUGGCUGCGCGGGUGAUAGAGGGAGCCCCUCGUGGCUCCCAUGUGACACCUCUCCUGCGCAGACUGCACUGGCUACCUGUGGCCUUUCGGGUGCGCUUCAAGGUUUUGGUAACUAUCUUCAAAGCGCUCCAUGGCAUUGGGCCGGGAUACUUACGGGACCGUCUACUGCCACCGAUUGCCUCCCACCGACCCGUACGCUCUCACAGGGAGGGACUCCUCAGGGUGCCAUCAGCCAGGCAGUGCCAGCUGGCGACGCCCAGGGGAAGGGCCUUUUCUGUGGGGGCUCCCACCCUCUGGAACGAACUUCCCCCAGGACUUCGCCAACUUCCUGACCUUCGAACCUUUCGCCACGAGCUUAAGACACAUCUUUUUAUCUGCGCAGGACUGGACUAGAAUUUUAAAUUUUAAAUUUGGUUUUAAUGAGGUUUUACUAUUUUAUUGUGGUUUUAAUAUUCGGCCGUAUUUAAUAAGUUUUUUAAAUUGGGGUUUUAACUUGUAUUUAUGUUUGUUUUACUUGGCUGUAAACCGCCCUGAGUCCCUUGGGAGAUAGGGCGGUAUAAAAAUAUGAUUAAAUAAAUAAAUAAUAAAUAAAUAAAUAAAUAAAUAAAUUUUUAGUCUUCUGGAGAACCCUAGAAACUCUUGGAAACUUGCUAGAACUCCCACAAAUUUUUUUGUUGAACUAGUUUUCCUAUUGUGUCUUUGAAAAUGUACAGCCUAAGGGGAAUGUAGAAUGAGCUUUAAGAUGCACUCAGAACCCAGCAUGAUGUCCUAAAUAAGCGUGCACCAAAAUGUUUCACAAUUUCAGAAUGAUUUCAUAGCAGACAAAAAAAAGUCUAUAAAGAUAGGGAUUCCAGAGAAAUCCAAAUUAAAGCAUUCCCAAAAGAUGUGCAGUCCCUUCCUGAAUACAUUGAGCAAAGAAAAGUAACUGCAUUGUCAAACCGUUCUUCCUGCUACCAUUUUUAUAUCUAUCAGAAUCUCCCUCCUGUAAUUUAAAUUCAUUUUCAAUAACAAUAGAAAACGGGUCUUGAAUGUUUAUAUAUGUACCAUCUUUUAUUUGAUUACAAACUGAACAUGAAUUAGCAAUAUCAUACUUGAGGAGUCUGUCAUGUCCUCUCUCACCUUUUAUUCUGAAGGCCAAGCAUCCUUGUUCUUUCAAUUCCUAUUCUUCAGAUGUCAUUUCUAACCUUCUAGCCUCUGCUUGUUUUCUUUGAACAUGUUUCGGUUUAUCUGAAACUUUCAGGGGGAAUGCAGACAAAGGGAAUAAUUUCUUCCUAUUACCUAUAAUAACUUGGUUUUACAUUUGCCUUUUUAUAGCCAGAUGAACUGCUGGUUCAUGUUCAGCUUCAAAUCAACUACUGUUCCAAAAACUGCUGCAUAGGUAUUAUAAACAAGACAAUAAUUUUCUAUUCUAUAAUUGCUUAUUUUGUUUUUGAAGUGAAGAAUUUUGGCAUUUGUCUCUGUUAAAUUUCGUUCAUUCUCAGCCCAUUUCUCUAAUUUGACAAGUUAGUUCUGAAUUUUAUUUUCUUUGGAAUUAGCCUUCCCAGUCCUGUGUCAGCUGCUAAUUUAAUAAGCAUUUAUUCAGCCUACAUAUGCAAGUUACUAAUAAAACAUUACUUAUUUUACAAGUUUUAUUAAUGCAAGUUGUUAAUAAAAAUACUGAAAGGGCCACACCUUAUUCCUGCCCCCUCAAUACCUCACCUAGUUUGAUGAAGAACCUUCGAUAAACACUUUCUAAGUACAAUUUUCAGGUAGUUAUGAAUCUAUUUGUUAUGCUAUUACUCUACAUUUCUCUAGUUUGCUAAUUAGAAUGUUGUUCAGUGCUUUUAUUGAAUGCCUUGCUGAAAUAAUAUUAUGUCUACAGUAUUUCCAUGAUAAAUUAAAGAAGUUAAUUGAUCAGAGUUAGUUAGUCUGUAAGAUUUCUUUUGGUAAAUCCAAAAAGAAUAAUAUCUAUGUUUGCAGAUAAAGCUUUUUAUGAUCUGCUGUAGAAUCAAUAUAACUCUGACUGGUCUAUGAUUUGUAGGUUUUUCCUUUUUCUCUUUUUGGAAGGUAAUAGACUUCUCUAGUGAUCUGACAUUUGAUUCGCUCUCAAGACUAUAGGGAGUGUACUCAAAGUGAACUCAAAGAUAGUAAGGUAGUCCUCGAUCACCUCAUUUAGUGAUUGUUCAAAGUUACAACUGCACUGACAAAAGUGACAUAUGACCGUUUUUCCUACCGUCGCAGCAUCCUCAUGGUCAUGUGUUCAAAAUUUAGACCCUUGGCAACUAACUCAUAUUUAUGAUGGUUUCAGGGUCUUGGGAUCAUAUGAUUACAAGCAAAAUCAAUGGGAAAGCCAGAUUCACUUAACAACUGUGUUACUUAACAACUACAGUGACUCACUUAACAACUGUGGGAAGAAAGCUUGUAAAAUGGAACAAAAUCCACUUAACAACUAUCUCGCUUAGCAACAGAAAUGUUGGGCUCAAUUGUGGUUGUUAAGGAUUACCUGUAUAUAAAAGUUCAGCUAAGCCAUCAGGAAAUUCAUUCAGUAGCAUAUAAUACCAAUUUAUCUGCCUCUGGAAAUUUACAGUAAAAAUAAUAGAUAUUUCCUGAUUGUGUUUCUCUCAAUAUCAUUAGACAUACAAGUGAAUGGCUGAAGUCUUAAUGAAAGAGUAAUGAAUAGACUAGAGCUGGAAGGGACCUUGGAGGUCUUCUAGUCCAGCCCCCUGCUCAAUCAGGCGAACAUAUACUAUUUCAGAUAAGUGGCUGUCUAGUUUCUUCUUAAAAACCUCCAGUGAUGGAACACCCACAAUUUCUGAAGGCAAACUAUUCUUUUUCCUAAUCCAAUUGAUAUUGGUAGCUUUCUUAUAUUGCAUUUACAGAAGUGAUUUAUUAAAAUUCUGAAGAAUAUUAUUAUUAUGUUUAUGGGACACAUUUGAAGGGCUAAAGAUCAAGAUUAUUAAAAAUAAAGGGAUAGAAUAUAAAGUUGGUUUAUUUGAUCAAGGUUAAAAUAGAUAUAUUGUUAUCUCUGGUAAUCUUUAGUGGACUUAUACAGUUCAGGACUGAAUGACAAAGUUUUAAGGUUUUGUUUACAGAUGAAAUAUGGGAAGAAGAAAUCAUUUGUUGUAUUUUAAGAAAAGAUGGUAAGUUACAUUUCUUUUCUAUAAUCUUAUUUUUUUUCUUUUUCUUUCCUCAAACCAGAUCUGCAGAUGAGGAUGAAGAUGGCAAUAAUAAUUUAAAUUCAAAUAAACAUUAGCAUAACACCUACACAGAUUGACUAAAGCAACAAAAUAAUGAGAAUGCCUUGCUUAACAUAGCCAUUUUAAAAUUUCUCAUUAGGCAUGAUUCCCAUUGUUACACAAAUUAAAUUUUUGAACCAAA